AUGGCUAGUUCAGAAAGUAUUGGUCAACUCCAGUUCACUGAUAUUAAAAAGUAUUUCAACUCUUACACUCUCACAGAUAGAAUGAAUUGUGUACUGGCCACAUAUGGAGGCAUUGCUUUGUUGGUCUUAUACUUCAAGUUAAGGCCUAAAAAAACCCCAGCUGUAAAAGCAACAUAAAUGGAUUUUGAAAUGUCUGGCCUCAU